UGUGACUAAUGAAACAAGCCAAGUAAACCAACUAACACACGAUACCAUUAGCCAAAGUAAUGUAAGUCCUUAAAUUAGGCAAAGCCUUGCACUGGAAUUGAAACACACACCAGAGUGAUGCCCACACAAGACACCUCUCUUUCUGUCACCUUCCCUGUCUGUAUCUAUGCUCUCUUCUGGACCUCACCACAUCACCCCCCCUUCCCCAUUUCUAAUCAGCGGCGCCCCCUUUACUUUGUUUCAAAGCUCACCCACCUCCUUCUUUCUCUCUCCUCUUCAUUUCCUCCCUUAUUUUAACCUUCUUCAUUUCCAUUAUUCACCCACAAAAAAAUAUUAAAAAAAAAAAACUCAAUCUUUCUUCAACCCUCUUAAAACCCCAUUUCUCAAUUUAAAAAUAAAAAAAAACCCCAAAUCCUAAUUUUUUUAUAUUAUCCAUAAAUUUCACAAAAAUAAAAAAAAAUAUUGAAUACCUAUCUCCAUCAAACAAACAAAUUUAAAAAAAAUCAUAAAAAAAUGAAAGGAGAAUAUGUAGAAGAAGAAAAUGAUAUCAACAACAACAAUACUCAAAAUAAUGCACACAAUAUGUUUGCAAAAUUCUCUCACCACUCCAAAUUCCAACCCCCUCCUCCUCCUCACCACCACCAACACCACUUUCCUCCACCACAUCUCCACCACUCUCACCACCCAUUCUCCGAAGAAUCCGACUCCGCAACAACUACUACAACCCCAACUCAUCACAAUCAAAAUCUACACGAAUCUAUCACCAAAAAACCUAAGAUUAUUGCUCAAACUACCACCACUACAACCAGCAAUGAAGAUGGUGGGACCAUCGAGGUUUCCCGCCGUCCACGUGGCAGACCACCCGGCUCGAAAAACAAGCCCAAACCCCCAGUUGUCAUAACCCGUGAACCCGACCCUGCCAUGUCACCUUACAUUCUUGAGCUCCCUAGUGGCGCUGACGUCAUCGACUCACUCACGCGCUUCACGCGCCGCCGUGGCGUCGGCCUUUGCGUGUUAACCGCUUCUGGGGCGGUAGCAAAUGUUACGCUUAAACAGCCCUCCACAACCACCCCAGGUGGGACCGUCACUUUUCACGGGAGAUUCGAUAUUUUGUCUCUUUCCGCUGUUGUUGUUGUCAAUACGGUGCCGUUUCAGGGUGGUGGUGGAGGGUUCACGAUAUCAUUGGCGGGCCCACAAGGGCAGAUUGUGGGUGGCAAGGUAGUGGGCACACUAGCUUGUUCUGGAACCGUCUACGUCAUAGCAGCGUCGUUCACCAACCCUACAUACUGUCGGCUGCCUCUUGACGAGCAAGAGAUGCAGCCGAAUAGUCUGUGCCAUGGACAAGGCAAUGAAGAGGAGAAUUCGGCUAUAUCGGGUGGCGGAGAUGGUGGUGGGACGAUGAGCUUGUAUAGUGGGAAUCAUUUGGGGAAUACUCCGACGACUUCGGCCACGGCUGCAGGUGAUGUUAUUUGGGCCACUCCUACUACUACUGCUAGACCAGGUUACUAAUGUGAGAAAUUAAUUAAAUGUUUGGUAUAUUUUAUCUUGAUUAUUAUUGUUACUACUACUACAACUUCUUCAUCUUCAUGGUUUCAUGUAAUAGGUUAGUUUUUUGUUUUUAUUUUGUGGGUUUUUUUUGUUUAGUGAAAUGAUAUGAAAAAAUUAUGAAGUUUUUUUUUUUUUUUUGUCGAUGUAAUUUUUAGGAAUUUGUUGUGUUUAAAUGAUGGUUGAAAUUUGAAAACUUGAAAACCCACUUUAUUUGGUAGGUUAUGUUAUUGUGAUUUUCUUGAUUCUCAUCUUAUUUAGAUAGGAGUGGAGGUUUAUUAGAUUAUUAGUAAAUAUGUAUUUAGGAGUGCAUGUUUUUUAUUGUUGAAUUUUGUAAUGAAAAUGAAAACAAAAUUAUCAUGUUUA